AUGUCUCGGCAAGAGAUGACGGAAUCUAUUGAGCAAUUAGAGUCGGACCUGAGGGCAUUAGAUAGAGAAAGGUCUGGUUUUAUUCCGUGUGAGGAUUUCAAAGUGGUGCUGCUGCGCAACGGUGGAUCCCUGGCGCAGGUGGAGGCGCUCACUGAGCAGUUCAAGGUGGAAGGACGAGGGAGUGUCCGCUACGCAGCUCUCCUGGACAGCAUGAAACAGUUAGCAGAGUGCAUGAAUUCAUCGCUGCUGGCGCGGGACGAUGAUGACAGCUUCGGCCGCCGCUCUGCGUCCCGCUUCUCUGAUGAAAGUGAUAUGAAAAAAGGUGCGAUAGCGGCCGGAAUUUCACAUGAACGACCGCAGCCAUAUGUCAUUAGCCAGGUGGCGUCGUGUGCGGAGAAAUCCGCGAAUUAUGAUUCACAUCAUGGCGCAUUUAAGUCCGGUGGCGAUGACAAAAGAAACGAGACGUUUUACUCCUCAUGUGCUUCUCCCGAUGCGCGUGAGCCGACGGGGAUUUUAUUGCAGAGUUCUGCUUCAACUCAUCGUUUUGCCAUUCCGCGAAGUAGAUUCACCGCUUUGGCAGCGAAUGGGCGGGAACAUAAAGCCCCACUUGUCACAAGCGGGGGCGCAAAUAAAUCCGAAUUUGUUGAACGUCCCGUGGAACGCGCCUCCUUUUCGUCAAGCCGUACUUCUUCUGUGGAGCGGAUGCUGCAGAAGGCAAAGGAGUGUGCCUUUUCAAGAAGUACCUCUCAACUGUCAUCCGGAGGGCUGAAGAAAGAAGCGUCGCAAGAGGAGUUGAGUGGGAGAGGGUACAGAGGAGCACUGCGACCACCAAACAAUGAUUCAAAAGGCAUGAUGGAUGCGGGGAAGAUGGAGACUAAAGGAACAUCCUUAAAAGGGCCGAGCGCAGCGGCAAAAACGACGACCAUGAUUGACACAAACAGGUCUUUGGUUCAGGACACACAAUUGACAAGCACGUCCCUGCCACACAAUACAUCGAGAGUAAGUCAUGGAACCUCCAUUUCAGGGUUAGCCAGCCGAGGAGGGUUGAUUUCUCUUCGGGAAGUAUUCCGUUUAGUGGACGCGGAUCAAGAUGGUAACGUCUCACUACAAGAGGUGUGGAACGCAUUCCACCGACGUGGUAUUGACAUCUCGCUCUUGGAGCUGGCUGCCCUUGCAGACUCCUUGGAACUGGACGUCUCUCAGAUGUCUGAUGUUUCAAGUACAAAUGCUGCUGCUCACGAUGACCGUGACAGAAUAUUAAACAUGGUGGACUUUUGUAUGCUUGUAUCACGCAUGCGUUCCAGCCUCAUUGAGCGUAUUCGUCGGUCGGCGCUUUGGGUUGCGGCUGCAACGGAGCCAUCGCCCCCGCUGGUGUCCAGUGCACGUUGUGUCACAGAUAGCGGACGUGAUAGGACUGAUGCACGGCAACGUCAGAAUACAGAGAAAGACGUGGCGACUCCGGGUAAACCGUUGCCGCUGAUGAACCCAACGUCAUACGAUUUCAUGUCACCGUCUCAGUCGCCAUUGUCACCCCCACCACCAUCCUCGCCGCCCACUGAAGUAAUGUACCGCCCCAAGCAGCAGCCGGUGUCGCACAUGGACGUCAAUAGUUUCAGCCCCCCACCGAGUGUGCAUACAAGCCUGGCUUUCAGCCAUGCGAUAGAGUCCAGUUUGGCCAGCACACCGCAAGGGCGUAGCACGGCAGUGGCCGCAGUAGAACAUCAUCUAAAAUCAGGCUCCUCCGUCUCCGUUUCCCCCUCACCUGACUCAGAGAGACCCUUAUUAGCACGGGUGACACCCACACGCCGUGCAAACACAUCGCCAUCCCCUCAUCUCUCAAAUGCCGUUAGGGAAUCGGAGGCGAAAUCCUUCGUGGAGAAGCAACAGAAAUCUGUUGUAAUGACCGCCUCAAGAUCGCAGAGCCCACAUCCGUAUGAUCUGCCUAUAGAACGAGGGCUUCAAGAUGAAAUUGAGUUAAGUGCGCCCAUGCCGUAUCCACAAACAACCAUGAACCGAAGUAGAAUACGACAGAUGUCUAGCCCGAGUGUGUCGCUUGCUUCAUCCACAACAGAUGCCAAAAUAGCCGGCGAGGCGACAGGUCUGGCUAAGCAAGACUACGCGAUGCUACACAGAGAAAUACUGGCGCGGCAGAGACAACGCAUUGAAGAAGAAGACUUUCUUAGGCGAUUGGAACAGGAAUUUCAGGAAAAGUACGGUGAUCUCAUGAAUGAGAAUAGUGCUGAGCGAACGGAGGAUGAACCUUCCCCAUCCCCAAUGAAUCAACCGGUCGAUUUCAGCGAAAAGAAGCCUUUAAAUUCCGUCAUUCGUGGCGCAGUGGUGAGCAAUUCCGGGGAAGCGAGGACGAGAUCAUCUUCUUCCUCGUUGGGAAAUGCAUCCCCAUCGGGUGGAGAAGGAGCUGGUAAUAGCAAUGUGGGGGGAAGGUUGUUGAAGCCAACCGCCUCCUCGCUGGCACAUGAGCACGAGAAAAAAUUUAAAUAUUAUCCACCCAGGCGUGCUGUGUCCUUGAGCCAGGGUCGAGGUGCAAUCAUUCGGAAGACGGACACGAAGGACGGAAAUGGGAACAUCUUAACAGACACCACGCCCAGGAGAAGGAACUCCAACAGCGGUGAGGAACCCACUUUCAUGAGUGAAAAAAAACAAGUUGUUGGCAAGGAGCCGCAACAAAAACAGAACUCGUCCAUUGCAGCCUCUGUCUUUGCCUACAAGACUGUGCCUCGGGCUGGAGUUAUUCGGAGUGUGCAGCCGUUUGUCUCACCCAGAAACGGUGUAUCGGCACGCAUGCAUCGCAAUCACCCCGGCGGCGCAGAAGAUGGAUCCUCUUCAGAUCGCUUGGGCGGGACGAGGCCUGGUGUAGUGCGUGUCUCGCUGGUUCCCUCUUUAGAUGGUGUGCGACGCCGACCAGGAUUCCCCUCUGAAGGGACACAGAGCACACAUGAGGGCGCAGACACGAGUGCAACGAGACAUAAUCCCCCAAUGCCUGGGAUUCCACCGCGCCCACCAACUCAAUUGAAUGCGUCGGAAAGUGAUACAAGCGAUGCCAACAAGACCGACCCUCCGGAGUUAUCGCAAGGGAUUUUGGAAAAACUCUACGGAAAAUGCUCUCAGCUGCUCUCACUUUGCACGAACUACGAUCGGUCGCAGGAUGGCUUUGUGUCGCCCAAAGACCUUGGCCGCGCGCUUUACGCGGUUGCGCCAGACCUAACAGAAGGUGAAAUCAACGAGUUAGUACGUGCUGGAAUUAUCAAUGGGUGCGAUGGCAAUCGCUGCCACUACACGUCGCUUGUUGGGACGCUUUUGGUGCAGGAGAGCUACGUGGGUCUCCCAGAUGCGGUUACGUCUGACGAAGAGACCCCUAAGAAGAAGGUUGGUGCGGAGGGAAAAAAAUCAGUGGAGAUGUCAAGUCGAGCCGCAGCAGCGUUGUCCGUGCCACAGCCGUGGAUAAAGGAGGCCACGCCACGCGUUACGAUUCAAAGUGCCAUGGGAAAUGCCGAGGAAUUUAAACUUGAGGAGCGUGUACGGAAGGGACGAAUAAAAAUGAAGCGACUACUGCGAGAGGAGCUGCUUGGAUCCUGUGACGGUGACUACCAUCGACUGCGCGAUGCCUUCUUUGCUUACGAUGAUAUUCGCACCGGCUUCAUUGAGGAGAAGGUGUUACGUAAAUGUCUUGUGGAAUUAUUCCGUAACGCAAAACGUGUCAUACCGCCGUGGGUCAUGGACCGCUGCGUGCGACUGUGCCGCAAACCGUUUGAGCGGGAGAUGAUUGAUACCGCUGAUGACGAGAAUGAUGCCGAUGAUGAUAAGAAUGCACCGAAACGGAGAAAAAACGCUGCCACUGCUGCUGCUGCUGCUAGAGUAGUGGCGCCUCCGCCCGAAUCUCGUGAGGAGGCGGCUGCACGGCGCCGUGUGCAUGGAAUUCCAAAGUUGUUGUGGGGUGUGUUGUGCGAUUAUCGAUACCUGCUGGAGGAGUUGCGCCUAUAG